AAUGGCCUCAACAGAACCCGUUCUGUCCGCACCGGUGCGCCGGUCUCCGCCCGAGCGGCGGUGAGGAAACCUGCGCCCACAGACACCGCAGCCGACGAUGAGGCCAAGGCCGAAAUGCAGGCCCGCAUAGACGAGCUGCAAGAACGAUUACAACAGGUGGAACUAUCAUACGAAGAUUCACAGAAACAGUCGACCGUGCUCCAGGUCAAACUGGACGAGGCGCUGAAAGAGCAAGGCUUGCUGGAGGAGAACGUCCACGAACACACCGAGCGCAUCAACGAUCUCGAAAGCGAGAAGAAGGAGAGCAUACGUGCUCGGCGAGAGAUGGAGCAAAUCUACGAGUCUGAGCGCGCUGCGGCGCUCAAGGAAAAAGAGGACGCAGCAGCUCGGGAAGAGGAAAUGCAGCUUUCCAUGCAGAGAUUGAAGGAGACGCUCUCCCAGAAGGAACUGCGGGUCGGACUCGAUGAGGACCGCAAACCACAUCUCUCCCGGCAGUCAUCGACGCUCGCUCGGAGCAGCAACCCAUCGCCCAGCCCAGAGUCCUUCGAUCGACAAUUUGCGCCCUCCUCCAUCGAGCGAAGCGAUUCAUCGUCGCGCAGCGGCUCCAAGCUCAUUCUCCAGAAGGAUAAGCUGAUCGAGUCAUUACGUCUCGAACUGGCCGAGGCUCAGAUCAAGCUCGUCGAGGUGGAAAAUAUGGGAGGCGGCAGAAUGCAAGAGCUGCAGAGGCAGAUGUAUGAGAUCAAGAUGCAAAACGCGCGAUUGAUGGAGGAGAACGAGUCGUUUCAACUGCUGCUCAGCGAGAAGACGCUGAACGGCGACUUCCUGCGAGCACCGUCUACGACAGAAUCACGACCGCCGUCACAACCACAAGAAGCGCGGACCACACUCGCCGACGAGCUCGAUUCGCAAGAAGAGGGCGAGGGCGGCGAGGAAGUGCGACGCUUGCAGGCCGAGGUGAACGGCAUGAAGGACCAGAACAAGGCCUUGACGCUGUACAUUAACAAUAUCAUCUCCCGCCUGUUGCAACACGAGCAAUUCGAACAGAUCCUCGACAAGACCCCCGACCUCAUGGCUGGACCUGGUGCCGCGAGCCGGAAACACUUGGAGGUAGCUGCUGCCAACAAAGAAAAGGAACUCCCCCCAUCUCCCAUUGACAAGGACGGCCCCGGUGGCGAGGAGGGAGGCGCUGGAUUCCUCCAACGAGCCAAGAGCGUCAUCGGCAGCCGCCCGAAGCCUCGACCACAAUCGCAGAUCUACUCCGGUGACCUGUCAAAGGCUCUCCCCGAGCCCCUCAAGCUGAACGAAGAUCCCGCGACCGCACCGAGCGUACCCCUCGGCCGCUCCUCCUCCGUCCGCAGCAGCAUGGGCCACCGGCGCGCCAAUUCGGAAUGGCCCGCAGCCAGCCUGGUGACGAACAUGUACCGCGGGGCCUCCCCAGCCAUGUCCCCCCUGAGCCCCGGCCUCAGCUCUCCCACGCGAGGGACAUCCUUCUUCGGCCCCGGUGCUGCACUCCGUGCCACCUCAGGUGCCUCCCCUCCCCCGCGCAGCACCCCCUCCUCCCCACCCCGCAGCCUCGCCAGCAGCGGCGACAAGGACAGCAAAUCCUCCGGCGCCAUCAUGAUGGGCAGCCGGAUGCGCCCCUUGCGCCUCGUGCAGGAGAACGUCGACCAGGAAGACGCCGCGCGGAGGAACGGCGCCGCGGCCGCCGGCGGCGCAGCGGGCAACCGGAGCAGUUGGUUCGGCUGGAUGAACAAGGGACUUCCGGGG